AGACAGCUCGUCAUGGAAUGUUCAGGAAUCACUCCUUGAAUAUUUAAUCAGGAGAGGUGGGCCUGGGAAUCAGUCGCAAGAAACUCUUGAAAACAAGUCAUCAAUUUUUGUUAUCUGUGAAGAAAGAAUAGAAACCGUCAUAUUUUCCUCAUUUGCAAAAAACUAAUACGCCAUGUUACACCUUUAAAAUCUGCUUAAUCAUUGGCAUUUUCCAAUGUUUCUAUAUAUCUGAAACCUUUCAUUAAACCAAUUCUGUUUUAACAAAUCAUUGAUGCCACCAUUAUCUUUUUUUCCUUUUUUAUGUUUUCCAUAUUCAAUUUGUUGUUGUAAGUAGAGUAACUGUUUCGUGAUAUGUACACGUGUCAAAAACUAAGAAUUUUAGGAAAAAUAAAUUAAUAAAAUGGAACAUUUUUAGAUAAAUAAAAAACUCAAAAAAUGCUUUCUCCUCGGGCUGCAGGUUCCCGACGCAGUUCCUUAGUUCCACAAACUAAACUACAAAUGGUUACUAAAGACCUCAAGACAACAGAGGAUGUCUUCGGUGACCUGUUGAAAAAGGUUUUGGACUCUAUAGAACCAGGGGACACCAUUCCUGAAGCAGAAAUAGUUUGUAACAUCAUUGACAAGCUGGAAAGGAACAUCAGCCUAGUAUCAGUGGUUGCUAACUAUUGUAAACAUAAAGAAUCAAAGACUGAAGAUCCCCACCCAUUAGAUGCUGAUAUAGGAGAUCGCAGUAGGCUAAAGAGAGCAAUGCAGAUACUGCUGGGAUUGUUCAAAGAAAUAAUAUUGGAAAAAUCUAAAAACAAAUUGAAGAAAAUUAAACCUGAAGAUGAAGUUAUCAGCACACGGAUACCUGGACCGAAAAGUGCUUCUAAUGAUCCUAAGGAAACCCUGCAAAAGAAGGAGGAGAGAUUUCAGUUUAUGGCUCGGGAUGUGGUUUUUUAUCUUGUACAUGAGAUUGGCUGUGAUGUAAACGGAUUCCUGGGAAAAUGUCCGAAAGAUCAACAAGUUGAAGACUUUCUUAAAACGUUUAAAUUGUUUAAGGGGUAUGCCAGAUCCUUGAUUGCCAGACCAAGAAAUACAACGCUAAAGGAGGAAGAAAUAUUGCUGCAAAAAGUAAGUCUCCGAGAGGGUUUUGAGAAAGUUCUAAACGAAUUGGAGAAUGAUCUGCAAGUUCUACUUUCCAGUAGAAAUACAAUACUAGGAUCCAGAGAGAUAGAAGGGAAGGAUUUGAGAAACAAAAUUGAGGAAUGCCAAAAUGAAUCCUCUGUAAACAUUGAGGAGAUCCGAAAAGAAACACUGUGCAAGUAA